AUGAGUGAGCUGAAGGAAAGACGAGCUAGCGAAAUACCAGGAUUCCGAUGGAUUCUAUGUAAUACCUGUGGUAAGACUGCGGUUGGCGGUGCCAUACUGUUUGUCAGUGGAUGUGGUCACGUACAUUGUAGUGCAUGUUUGAGGAAUCUGGCAAGUCGAACUCCACAGCGAUAUGAGAGUGAUGUCGAAAAUAACUGUGUUGAUGACGUUACGAAACGACGGCGCAUUCUGUUUCGGAAUUCGGUUUUCAAAUUAUUUCGUAUUCUCAAUACAGUGAAUAUUUCGAUGACGAUUAGCGGAACCCAGAAGCCACUUACAAGUUGA